AUGGAUUCUAACGAUGAUGGAGAUGUUGGUCGGAGGGCAGAAGUUGAAGAUAUCCAGGACGAUGAUUUUGAUUCGUCUCCUCGACCAGCGAAGCGACGCAAAACAACUGUAACACCAGCGGCCAAGGCAAAGAAGCAACCAACGACUCGCAAGACUGCUAAGGCUUCCAUCAAAGAUGAUGAAAGUCUGCUUGGUGACUCCGACGAUACCAUAGGUCGAAGUGCCGCAAGAUCAAAACGCAAACCACGCAAACGGGCAUCUACUGGCUCUGGAUCUGAGGAUGUUGAUGAUGAUGAGGACGACAAGAAAGCAGCAAAACCGAAGCAUCGUAUUCACGUGCCGACUAUGGUAGACCUUUUGACGGACACCUUCGCAGAUGAUGAACCGCCCGAGUCAUCUGCUCCGUGGAGUAUCAGAGGACCGAUCUGGAAGAAGGAUGUUCUGGCUACGAAGCAGCCCCCAGUUCCGCCCCCUGCAAAGACGGUCGUUGCUAAACCUCUCGCCUCGGCACGGAAGACGGCUCCAGAACCACAAACAACAGCUCCACAAAUCGUCGACUUUGCAGACGAACUUGCAGAUCUACCAUCAGAUGCUUUCGACUCGGAUGACCAGACUCCGGCUAAGAACCUGGGAGGUCCAAUCUGUAUAUCCUCGUCUCCACCUAGAAUAGCAGCUGCAGCACCGAAGCCAAAUCUUGCUCCUCCGCGAGGUGGACUGGUGCAAAAGACUUUGUUUGGUGGGACAGUGGUGCCGAUGGGCCCAGCUACUCAAGCCAACAAAAGACAUGCUUGGCCAUUGGCAACACAAAGGGAGCCGCCAACUCAUCACAAACUUAAUGAAGAAGCGACUCAGACCUGGGUCUACCCCACCAACUUGGGAACCACUCGUGACUACCAAUUCAAUAUCGUCAGUCGAGGUCUAUUCCACAACUUACUGGUCGCAUUGCCGACCGGUCUGGGUAAAACAUUUAUCGCAGCUACAAUCAUGCUGAACUGGUUCCGCUGGACGGAAAGUGCGCAGAUCGUCUUUGUAGCACCCACCAAACCUCUUGUUGCUCAACAAGUCGAUGCUUGUUUCAACAUCGUAGGCAUCCCUCGUUCGCAGACUGUCAUGCUUACUGGUGAGACUUCACCAGGCUUGAGAGCAGAAGAGUGGAAGACGAAGAGAGUCUUCUUCAUGACUCCGCAGACAAUCAUCAAUGAUCUCAAGACGGGUCUUUGCGAUCCGAAGCGGCUCGUCUUGAUCGUCGUUGACGAAGCACAUCGAGCAACAGGCAACUACGCUUAUGUCGAAGUCAUCAAGUUUGUUCGUCGAUUCAACACAAGCUUUCGUGUACUUGCCUUGACUGCCACCCCUGGCUCAGAUGUUCCAGCAGUACAGCAAGUCAUCGAUGGUCUUGAUAUCUCACGGUGCGAAAUCCGUACAGAAACAUCCUUAGAUAUCAGACAAUAUGUUCAUAGUCGUGACAUAGAUGUCAUCAAGUUUGACUACUCUGAAGAGCAACAGAUCAUAAUGGAGCUUGCCGGAAAUGCUAUCCGUCCAGUACUAUCAAAGCUCGCAAGUCAGAACGCUUACUGGAACAAAGACCCUAUGAAGCUUACGGCCUUUGGCUGCACCGAAGCUCGAAGGAAGUGGUUUGCAACUGAUGCCGGCAAAAAAGCACCACAAGCCGUCAAGGGCAUGGUCAACAGUAUCUUCACAGUGCUUGGAAGUCUUGGUCAUGCUAUCUCCAUGCUCAGAUUUCAUGGCAUCACCCCUUUCUACAACGGCAUGGUUGAGUUCAGGAACAAAGUUGAUGGAGGCGAACUCAAGGGCAAAUACGGCGCACAAAUUCGCGACGAUGAGAACUUUACCAAGAUGAUGAACAUGAUGCUGACUUGGACUCGCAACCCCGAAUUCCUUGGACAUCCAAAGUUGGAGCAUCUCAGAACUGUGGUCUUGAACCACUUCCUUGACGCUGAAGAGAAAGCAGCUGUGCCAGGAGGACAACCUUCAAGCACCAAGAUCAUGAUUUUUGCGGCAUACCGUGACAGUGCUGAAGAAAUUGUUCGGGUUCUGAACAGAAAUCAGCCUAUGAUCAGACCACAUGUGUUUGUUGGUCAAGCCGAUUCGAAGAAUUCGGAAGGUAUGAAUCAGAAGCGUCAACUCGAAGUCAUCAAACAGUUCAAAGACGGCAAAUACAACACUCUAGUCGCCACAUCUAUCGGUGAAGAAGGUCUCGAUAUCGGAGAAGUCGAUCUUAUUGUCUGUUAUGAUGCUUCCGCGUCACCUAUCAGAAUGCUCCAACGUAUGGGACGUACAGGAAGAAAGCGGAGGGGUAACAUCGUUCUGCUUCUUAUGAAUGAAAAGGAAGUACCCGAUUUCGAAAAGGCAAAAGACAACUACGAGAAGAUGCAAGGCAUGAUCGCUUCUGGCAAGGAUUUCACCUUUCAUGAUGAUAGAUCGCCUCGUAUUCUUCCAAGAGAGACUCAACCGAUUGUGGACAAGAAGGUCGUUGAGAUUCCUGUGGAAAAUUCGCAGGCUGAUCUUCCUGAGCCAAAACGACGUGGACGAGCUCCUAAGGCACCUCCCAAGAAGUUCCACAUGCCUGACAAUGUCCGAACAGGAUUUGUUAAAGCAGGCAAGAUGGACGAAGAGGAUGCAGAGGACUUAGCACCUCGAGGUGGAGCUAAAGGAAAGAAAGCCAACGCUUCCUCGAUCAAGAAGAUGUUCCGUCCUCCUCCAGGCAUUGAAGCGGUGUCAAUACCAUCGCUUGAUGAGGUUUACUUGAACAAGAUUUGUGAGCGCGAGCUUGAUCGCAAAUACAAGUACGUUCAAGGCACAAACGACCAUUCUCUUACCGUUGGUCUACCGCGACUAGACCGAUUUUCAAGCUCCUUCCCUGGACCAACUAAGUACAUCACACAUGGCAGAGGUGCACAAGCAGCUUCUGGUCUUAUGAAACGUCUGAGCGGCAUAGACAGCGAUACCGCAAAAGACUUCGAGGCCAACCUUCACCUGUCAGACCUCGAAGGUGAUGUGUCUGAGAUGCUGGGAGAUCCGACGAUUGUAGAGAUGUCGGAUGAUGACCUGCCAGUCGCCACAACUGCCAAGGCAAGGAAGGCACCUGCCAAACCAAGAGCUCCCAAAGUCCCCAAAGCGCCGAAAGAGCCAAAGGAACCUAAAGCACCAAAAGCUUCCAAGGCGCCCAAACCACCACCUGUAGCAAAAACACCCAAGCCUCGUGGUCGACCAAAGAAACAAGCACCCAGGCGGAACAGCUCAGACAUGGAAGGAUCAUGCUCGAGCCCAGAACCUACACCUGCCCACCUGCGCAUCGGCACCCAAGGCAUCGAUCUCGGCUCCGCAGACACAUCUGGCGAAGAAGGUCAUGACAAAGACGACGAAGCAGACUCCGAGCUCGAUGACUUUGUCGUUGGAAGCGAUGCGCCCAUUGAGUUUGCCUCGAGCUCUCAGCCCCAUAUCCAUAACCCUCCAAAGAAGAACAGACUCAAUCUGUUCACUCAAGACGAUAUUGCCGAGGAGAGUGAUGAGGACUUGCCUGACUUUGGACCAUCUAGCAUGCCAGAAGAAAUUCCUGAGGUUGUGUCUGACGGAAAUGAGGAUGGAAAUGUUGCUCCUAUUCGCAAAAAGCAGGGCAGGAGAAGACAGGUUGUUGAUGAUGAUAGUGAUGAAUGA